AUGGCUGAUAUUGAACCUGUAAAACAGAAUCAAGAUCUUGAACCAGAACAAAAACGUAAAGUUUUUAUUGGAAGUUUAUCUUAUAAUAUAGAUGAGAAUGCAUUUCGUGAAUAUUGGACGAAAUUUGGUCCGGUUAUAGAAGCAUCGAUUUUACGUGAUCGUGAUGGUCAUUCACGUGGUUUUGGUUUUGUUACAUUUGCUGAUUCAGCAAGUGUUGAUGCUGUUAUGCUAGCACGACCACAUACACUUGAUAAUCGUGUUGUCGAACCAAAACGUGCAAUUCCACGUGAAGAAACUCAUAAACCAAAUAUGCAAUUAUCAGUCAAAAAACUUUAUUUAGGUGGUGUUAAAGAACCAAUAACAGAGAAUGAUCUUAAAGAUUAUUUUAGUAAAUUUGGGUCAAUAGUCGAUGUUGUUGUUAUGAAAGAUCGUGAUGGACAAUAUCGAGGUUAUGGAUUUGUUGAAUUUGAUGAUUAUGAUCCGGUGGAUAAAAUUAUACUUGAAAAAAGUCAUCUUGUAUGUGGUCGACAAUUAGAUGUUCAAAAAGCUCAAUCACGAGAUGCAUCACAACGUUCUGGCAAUACACGACCUCGACAAGGACCACCAUCAACAUCGCGAUCAAAUUAUAAUAGUGGUUAUAAUAAUUAUCAACAAGAUAAUAUGAAUGAUCCAUUUGGACAAAUGCCAAAUAAUAAUUUUAAUGGAUAUGGAUCAAAUUUCACUGAAGGUAAUGGUAAUUGGACUUCAUUUGGACAAGGAUAUGGUCAACAAAAUGUAGGUGGACCUAUGCGACGUGGAAAUAUGAGUGGUGGCGGUGGCGGUGGACACGGUCGUGGUUAUACACCUUAUAAUGGUCGCGGUAGUGGCGGUGGUCGAGGUCGCGGUGGUGGAAAUCGAGGAGGUCCAUCAUGGACUUCAUGGAAUUAA